ACCCUUGGUUUGUUUCUGACCAACACACACAUCAUCCACCCCUUCUGCCGUUCUCGCUUCCUCUCGUGUUCACGAUGUCUGUCACUCCUGCUGUUAUGCGCCGCCUCAUGCGCGAGCUCACGGAGCUUCAAGCGAACCCCCUGGACUGUAUACGCGUCAUCACCAAUGAGGAUAACAUGUUGGACGUGGUCGGUAUCGUUGAGGGACCAGAGGGGACGCCAUAUGCUGGCGGAUACUUCAAGAUCAAGUUUGCAUUCACAGAGGAGUUCCCUGCGGCACCACCUAAAUGUCGAAUGUUAACGAAGAUAUUCCACCCCAAUGUUUCAUCUUCAGGGGAGAUUUGUGUGAAUACGCUGAAGAAGGAUUGGAAGUCCACAUACGGCAUCGGCCACAUCCUCGUAACAGUGAAAUGCCUGCUUAUCUACCCGAAUCCCGAGUCUGCCCUUGACGAGGAGGCAGGAAAGCUGCUUCUUGAGAACUACGAUGACUACUGCUCCCGGGCCAAGCUGAUCACCAGUGUACAUGCGAGAACCCGCCCAACACAGUUCGAUAAGCCGGCCUCUUCUUCUACUCCAUCCACGUCGAAAAUAGCUUCUGCAAAAGCAGUGCCGGCUGCUUCCUCCUUGAUCACGCCAAUAACUCCUUUCCCCACCGCUCCGAGUUCCGCGGCGCCGCAGAAAUCUGCGCAACCUGCACCAUCCCUUCCAUUGCAAUCAUCCAGUAGCAACACGAUUCCCACUUCACCAUCGGCAAGUCAGUUACUGAACGAAAAGAGUACGGGCAAGGAGAGGCAGACGUCGCCCUCUCCGUUGAGCAUGGCAGACUCGAACGUUGCUUCGACUGUGAAGGUGGACGCAAACGCAGCUGCGAAAGCUGUCAAACGAGCGGCGACGGGAGGUAUUGCGGGGAUCGAGAAGCGGAAGAAGGCAUUGAAGCGUUUGUGAGCACUGCUGAAGGAGCUCAACGCUUGCUCGUUGUCGGUGGCGCAAGUUUGGGUUGGACA